GUUACACCUUUUUGUGUUUCCUUUGACUCCUGUGACAUUUGGCAUAAACUUUGACGCAGUCAUGUCUGAUUUAGAGGAAAUAAACCACAUUUAUUUGCUAAACAUAGAAUAUUUAGUUUCAAUCCCACUUCCUCUUUCUUCCCAUGUAUAUUCCAAACCGGUACAGUUGUUGUGUAACUGCAGCUGAUUACUCAGCCGUGGAAAAUAACAUGAAGGUGUACUUCCCAUGACCACACCUCCUGAAAAAGCAGGCUCUGUGAUAAGGCGGCUGCACCCUCUGCUCAGUCAGAAUAACUGAAGGCAACAUGCAUCAAGUCAUGGAGCAAAAUGUGAGGAUAGUGUCAAGAGUGCAGUGGCGAGCAGCUCCACCUAAACAGAGGGAGAGACAGAAGAGCCUGGCCCGAAGAGUUGUCAUACACCACACGGCAACCCCAAGCUGCCGCGGCCUGGAGAAGUGUAAGGAGCAGAUCUUCAGCAUUCAGAGAGAUCACAUGACAGAGAGAGGCUUCAGUGACAUUGGAUAUAAUUUUCUCGUUGAAGGAGGAGGCAUCGUGUUCGAGGGCCGUGGUUGGGGUGUAGUCGGGGCACAUACCAAAGGCAACAAUCUUGACUCCCUGGGCAUUGCCUUCAUAGGCAAUUUCAACAAUGAUGCACCAAGCAAAGAGGCGAUACUGUCCGUCAAACAGCUUUUGCAAUCUGGAGUUUCCCAGGGCUUUUUAUGUAAAGAGUUUUCUCUGUUAGGACACAGAGACCUGGGUGACACAGAAUGUCCAGGAGAGAACCUUUAUUCUGCACUACCGAAUCUGAGGGGAACCACAUAAAUCCUGCUGGCCGUGUUGGAGGAGGAUUCUUUCUGGUAUGAAUAAGAGAUUAUUGUAUGAAGCACGGGUUCUUUCUUUUUUUCAGUCUUCAGUUGUAAAAGAAAGAUUUUUCCCACAGAUUUCACAUUGAAUUUGCUGCCUUUUUCUCUCAGAGGAAGUCAUCAGAAUCUGAGUUUAUUGCCAAGUAGGUUUACACAUACAAGGAAGUUGCUGUGGUAUGUUUGUGCUUAUGUAUAAAUAUAAAAGUUUAGUAUAAUAGAUUAAAACAACAGAUUAUAUAUUUUAAAUACUAAAACGAGAUAUAUUUGUAAUAUGAAUAUUGAGAUGAUGAGACCCAAAGCCUCUCCCCGUCAAGGGCAAAAUGUUGACAAAAAAAAUUAAAUUGUGGUGUACAACACAUUUUUACAUUUAACCCAUUCUAACAACCAGCUUUUAGAAAUAAAUACCAAUUGCAAAUCCAGGGCCACAGCUGUGGGCACAUCCUCAUGGAUUGCGAUUUGUGGAUUGCAUGUCGGAAGUUGCGGUGGUGGAUCCAGUGUCGUGGAUUCUAUGUUGUGCCGGCUGAUCGUAGUGGGAAUGACGGAUCCUUUGUCGAGUUGGGAGUAAGAUAAUGGUGGUGGACCACGACAGAGGUGGCAGCUGAUGAUGGAUCCUGAUCUUGCUUAUUGCUCACCACAUGAUUGCAGCAGGACUACUACUUGAUAUGUAGAAUUUAAGUUAUCCUUCAUAAUGUCUACCCUCAUCAAUGCUGCUUAAAACUUUAUCUUGAUGAUGUUUUCCUAUACAUGACAUCUAUUGCACUUCUGUCCGUCCUGGGAGAGGGAUCCCUCACAUGUGGCUCUCUCUGAGGUUUCUAUGUAUUUUUACUCUUGCUGAGGGUUAAGGAUAUGAGACAAAUUGUGAUUUGUUAGUAUGGUCUAUACAAAUAAAAUUUGAUUGAUAUUC